AUGAACUCGGAUUCUAAAAAGCAUACAGAAUUUUCGAAAACUCGAGAAAAUGAAUCAAAAGAUGAAACCUUUCAAGAAGAAGAAACUCUUUCGUCACAAAGGAAUAGUGAUGAACAUAAUAACGAUCAUGAACAUAUACGAAUAACGGAUGAUAUAUCUCCAGAAAUACAAGAACUCUUGAAUACAGAUCCGAAAACUGGUUUAUCAACUGAAGUGGCUCAGUCUCGUUUAGAAAAAUUUGGCAAAAACGAAAUCGAAGAAUCUAAAACACAUCCCUUUUUAAAGUUUUUGUCGUAUUUUCGAGGAUCUAUUGCUUAUCUAAUCGAAUUAGCGUGUAUUGUAGCAGCGAUAGUACAAGAUUGGGUUGAUUUUGGUAUAAUACUUGCAUUAUUAUUUGUCAAUGCAAGUAUAGGAUUUAUUGAGGAAUCACGUGCCGAAUCCGCUUUAGACGCGUUAAAACAAACAUUAGCAUUAAAAACGAGAGUACGGCGGGAUGGAAAAUUUGUUGAAUUAAAUACGGCAGAUUUAGUACCAGGCGAUAUCAUUGCUUUACGUUUAGGUGAUAUUGUGCCUGCUGAUGCUAAAUUAUUGGGUAUUGGUGUAAAUGGUUCAAAAACUGAAGAAAAGUUGCUAGUGGACCAAUCUGCUUUAACAGGUGAAAGUUUACCUUUACGCUGUCAAAAAGAUGACAGUGUUUAUUCGAGCUCAACAGUUAAGCAAGGUCAAGUGUUGGCUAUAGUUUUUAAAACUGGCGCUGAUACCUACAUUGGUCGUACUGCUUCAUUGAUGAACAUGACAGUUGAACAAGGUCAUUUUCAAAAAGUCAUAAAUAAGAUUGGUAAUUUCUUGAUAUGGAUAACCGCUAUUCUUGUUACCAUAAUAUUCGUUUAUCAAGUGGUAAAAUUUCGAGGUACUCCUCAAGGAGAUGUGUUGAGAGUAUUGCAACACAUUUUAGUAUUAACGGUUGGAUUACCGACUGUUCUUUCUGUUACAAUGGCUGUCGGAGCAAAACAAUUAGCAGCUAAAAAAGUGAUUGUCAAACGAUUAACUUCUAUUGAAGAGUUAGCUUCCGUAUCUGUACUGUGUUCCGACAAAACCGGAACAAUGACAUUAAAUGAACUCACUUUCGAUGAACCUUGGUUAGCUUCAGGGUUUACAAAGUCUGACAUACUUUUAUAUUCCUACCUUUGCUCUGAAACGAUUACAUCUUUUAUACCGUUUAAUCCUUCAAAAAAAUCAUCACAAGCUACCGUGGUGAAAUUGGAAACUAAUGAAUCCUUUCAAAUCGCUAAAGGUGCACCUCAAGUCAUCAUUAAACUUGCUGGUGGAAAUGAAGAAGCAUCACAAGCCGUUAAUGAUUUGGCUAAAAGAGGUUUACGAGCAUUGGGUAUUGCUAAAACCGAUUCCAAUGAUAAGAAUCGUUGGAAAUUGAUCGGAUUCAUUAGUUUAUUGGAUCCUCCAAGACCGGAUACCAAGGAUACUAUUGAAAAAUGUAAAAAUCUUGGGGUCAAAGUUAAAAUGAUUACGGGUGAUCAAGUGAUAAUUGCUAAAGAAGUCGCCCAUAGACUUGGUAUGGGAAGGGUCAUUUUAGAUGCAAAUUAUCUAGUUGAUCCAACAAAAUCAUUACAGGAGAUCACGGAACAUUGCGAACGUGCUGAUGGUUUCGCUCAAGUCACACCCGAACAUAAAUUUAAAGUCGUGGAAUUCUUACAAAAGAAAGGUUAUUUAGUCGCAAUGACUGGUGAUGGGGUUAAUGACGCUCCUGCACUUAAGAAAGCAAACGUUGGGAUUGCUGUUCAGGGAUGUACUGACGCCGCACGUUCAGCUGCUGAUAUUGUCUUGUUGGCUCCAGGAUUAUCGACCAUCGUUGACGGCAUUUAUACUUCGCGUGCAAUAUUUCAGAGAAUGAGAUCCUAUGCUUUGUAUAGGAUCACAUCUACUAUUCAUUUUUUACUAUUCUUCUUCAUCGUCAUUCUAGCUUUCAAUUGGACAUUACCAGCUGUAUUAUUGAUCUUGAUAGCAAUAUUAAAUGAUGCAGCUACUAUCGUUAUAUCAGUAGAUAAUGCUCAAAUUUCUGAACGUCCUGAUAAAUGGCGUCUUGGUCAACUUAUUUUUUUAAGUAUAAUCUUGGGAAUUUUCUUGACCGGUUUUAGCUUUGCACAUUUCUUCAUUUUCAGAGACGUUAUUGGAGUUGCUCCAGAACAAUUACAUACUGUAAUGUAUUUACAUAUUUCAAGUGCACCACAUUUUUUAAUAUUUGCAACAAGAAUACCGGGACAUUUCUGGGAAAAUUUACCAUCAUUAUUGUUUGUGACAUCAAUAAUUGGUACACAAUUGUUUGCAUUAUUGAUUUCGGUAUUUGGAUGGUUAUCUUCAUCCAUAAAUUUAUUAAUGGCUGUAAUAAUUCUUUUGGUAUCUUUGGGAAUAUUUAUCUUUCUCGAUUUCAUUAAAGUACUGAUAUUUAAACAUUGGUCAUUUGAACUAACGGCAAGGUUAUGGCCUACUUCAAAACAAAGAAAAAAAUUAGCGGUAAGAAAAUCACAACGUGAAAAAAAUAAAAAGGUUUCUGAAAACUUUUCUAAAUUAAAAAAAGUGUUGAUUAUGACGAGAGUUAUUAGAAGAUUUCGUGCGGCAUCAGAUGAAAAAGAAAACACAGAGUCCAGUAACUUUAACAAUGAUCAAGAUAAUAAUGAUGGUGAUAGAAAUAGCGUUUAG